AUGAAGACCAAAUCAACCUGGAGGCGCGUUAUGUACAAAGACCAAAAGUUUCCAGCAAACUACAUAGAUGAUGAUUUUCUAAAGGGUCUGGAUGCAAACGGUUACAACGUCUAUAGCAUGAAUGAUAUUUGUCCUAAAACGUUACACGUGAUUGAUCACGUAAGUACCAUGAUAUUGAUGGGAAAAGUUUAUUUUUCAAUGAAUAAGGGCACGAUUCAACUAAGGUUCAUUAUAAUAUCCAUUGUGGUUUCUAUGCUAAUGUUAAGCAUCUUGAUGGUCUUAAAUAAAAUCUCUUGGAUGGAGUCUAUAAGACAAAUUAGAAUGAUGCUUAUAAUUUACCUUACAAUUCAGUUGUUUCAGCCUGUACUACAAACGCUAAUAUCACCCUUCAGUGACGACACGGUUCAUGCGCUGGCAUUUUUGGUUUCUGUGAUUAAUAUAAUAACACAAGACUAUGAUCUAACACAUGUGAGAGAGGAAUAUAUGCGAGAUGUGGAUGUUAUACCACUAAACUGUUUGGUGUUAAUAUCAAUCGUUUUGUCAUCAAGGUUUGCAAAUUCAAAGCAGGCCUCCGCUUAUCUGCAACUUUUUCUUCUGUAUGUCAACCAUUUUAAUAGUCAUAUUGUUGGUAGAACAUUUUCUCUCCUGCCGCAAAUAAAACGCUGCAUUUUGGUAUAG